AUGGCGACCGCCGGUCUUGAGGUGCGCGAGGCUGGACGAGCGUUGCGGGUACAAACGGAAGCGCCGCAUCUCGUUUCCAUGGGAAGCGGACGUUUGUCAACCGCGGUGACCCUGCAUCCUUUGCCUGAAGGUAAGGUAACCCUCGGAUCGAGCCGAGAUGCGGAUAUUUCUGUCGUUGGUACCGGCGUCGAAACCAUUCAUUGUGCGAUCGAAAACAAUAACGGCGUGGUCACUCUUCACCCCAUAAAUGGAAGCACGGCAGUCGAUGGUGUACCUAUAAAUUCGCCAGUGAGACUCGCUCAAGGUUGCAUGCUGUCGAUCGGCAGAUCGAACUACAUGCGUUUCAACCAUCCAGCCGAGGCGAAACAGCUACGCUCGGUGCUGCCCCAGUCAAGAAUUUCAAUGGCGCCGAUCAGUUUCUCGCUGCCAGAGAAUCAGCUCCAGGAGAACUACCACCUGGAGCGGAAGCCGCCGGUCGCGCCGCGAAAAUCGCCGAGGAACUCGUGCUCGGACGAUGAGAUCGGUUUCCUCGGGAAGCUAACGAAAUUCGAGAUGCUGUCAAAGCAAAACCGAAACAACUGCGUCUCCCCCAAAGUCUUUCCAGCCGGCGCUGUCACCACGAAUGUUCCAGCGGAUCAGAUUCUAGGACACUCUAGAUCCUCUAGUCUGAUCUCCUUGAAAAACGGCAACGGUAAUUCUCCCCUGCAAAAUUUGACCAAUUUGGACAGGAGUCGUUCCAAUACGCCAUCAACACCUAGCCGGUCGAACACACCGAAUAUUCAGUAUCAGAGCACACCGACGAAUCACAAUCAGAUACAGAUGUACACGUCCGCCGAGUCCUAUCUGAAGUCCUACAAGCCCUACUACCGGGAGAACAACGAGAACAACACACAGAACCCAAUUCCAAAAGGGACAGCCAAUCAAGGGGAUCUGAUGUCUCGUAGCAUGACCUGUCAGAGGUCCAACGAUCUGGACGAGCUGAAGAACGCAAGGGAGUACGACAUGAGCCAGAGUCUGAUCGUUACCAAAACCACCACCACGGAGUAUCUACAGCUGGAGAAGUUCGGCUCGAAUCCCAGCAUCUGUAAUAAUGCUAACAACGGGAACCACUGCACCACUGGUGGCAGCUUGAGGAACACCAAUAGCGCGCCGAGUUACGGUUCCAAUACGAAUAUCAAAAGGAUACAACCACCCAGCCCGGCAUUCAAUCGUAAUCCGAAGUACAACGAGCCGAAGAGAAACCUUGGCCGGGUGACGAGCCCGACCCCGAGCACCGGGAGCGGUUGUUCGUUAGAGGAACUACGGGAGAGGCAGAUAGACGCGGAGAAUAAACGCAGGGAGGCGGAGAACAGGCGGAAAAUGGCGCAGGAGGAGAGGCUACGGGAACAGGAGGUCGAGAGGCUGGAGAAAAUGCGACUCGAAGAGAUUCUGGCGAUGUGCGCUGAAUACGAGAGGCAGAGCACCAUGGAGAAGCCGAGGCAGCCUAACAGAAUCAAAACAAACGGCUCGCUCCCGCGCGACAAAAGGCUCGGCUAUAACUCCCCAUUCGACAGCCCGAAGAGUCCAUCGAAGACGCAACUGCACUUCUCCUUCGACGCGGCCAAACAGUCCACAUCCGCGUCCUACGAGAACGUUUGCGUGCAGAACUCGAAAAUGAUCUUCCAGAACGGCAAUAAUUCGCCAAGCAGUCGCCGUAAUCAGACCAACCAACCGGAGAAUCAAACGACGAACGUCCAGAGCUAUCCACAAUCGAUCGCGCCUAACAACAAUCAAUCGACCAAAUGGCCAAACGUUCAUGGCAACGGAGACCAUAGUUUUUCCGGUUCGAUCUCGCAGGUUCGUGGCCCGGGCUACGAGAACGCGACGAUCGAAGGUUCUAUUCUAAACAACAACAACAAUAAUGGCUACAACGGGCAGACCAACGACGUAACGAACGAGACAUCGGGCUACGGGACGAUUCAGCUGAACGGGACUAGGAUCAACUCGAAUCAACCGAACAACGCGCGAAACUACGAUAAUAAUUCGACGAAAACCGGCAAUGUUAGCUUGUACGAGAACGUGGUGAUCGGCCCGUUACAGAACAACAAUCAAAAUCAUUCCAUGCCAAAGAAAAACGGCCAGCUCUCGAACUCGUGCGAGAUGAUCGAGAACAAGCUGGCGAUAUCGAACGAUGAUCUGCUCGAGGCUAUCGAGCAGCUCUCGAUGCUGUCCAAGUCCAAAGAAAUCUGCAUGAUACCGAAGAAGAACAACUCGGAGAAGGACAACGCGAAGUCGAACGAGGCGAAGGCUGACAAGGAGCGAAAGGAACUCGAAGAGGAGGAUAGACGGAAAUACAUAGAGUUCCUUCAGAACGAGAAACUACAUAUCCUUGGAAAUAUGGACGCGUUGAAGAGAAGCGUCGCGGAUAUUGAGAUACAGGAAGAGGAAAUUAGUCGAGAGCUCGAGCUGGAAAAGGCGCUGCUGUCCGCAGAAUACGAGUCGGAAUCGUUGAAGCUCAGUCAGGACGAGGGCGAGAAGAUAAAGGUGCAGAUGCGAAUAAACGAGCUCGAGAGACAAAUGGCCGAGGAUAAUACGACGCAGGCAAAUUUGCAAGCGGAAGCGAAGCAAAGGGUUCAGUGGGCUCAACAGGCCUGUAGUCGUUUGGAGGAAGAGCUCGAGAAUAGCACGGGCGAAACGGCGCAACAAGAUAUCAGCAAGAAGCUUACCACUCAGCAAGAGAUUCUCGAAUCUGAGAGGAAAGCAUUCGAAGACCUGGAGUUCCAUCAUCUCGAGGAAGAAGCGAGUAAAUUGGCGACUAGGGAAGAAUUACAAAGAUAUUUGAGCGAACUGACGACAAAGAUAGAAACCAGAAAGGCUCGUUUGAACCAUUUGGAAUCGCAGAGAUCCGAAGCGAAGAGCACAGCGACCAAGGACGCGAGGAGCCUUGAGAGACAGAAACUGGCGCAUUUGAAGCGGUUGGAAGAAAGUCGAAACCGAGUUAGAGCGAUAAACGAUGAACUGACGAAGUUGGCGCAGAAUUCAUGCGAGAACUCCGAAGAGAAACGAUCUCCGAGCAGAGAAGACUUUGACAGGAUCUCGAGGGUUACCACUGACUCUCCUAUUGUUAAUAAUCAAGGUAGUUUGGGAAGGAAGACUAUCGAAUCCCUCAAGGAAAUUGAGAGAAAUCGACAGCUUCAUUUAGCGAAACAAGGUAGCCAAGUAAUUUCCGAAGAAAGGCGUAGAGUCGAGGAACUGAAACGAAGAGUACAGGACGAGGUUCGCUCGCAGUGGGAAGAAAGGAAGAUGAAUUGUACUUCUUUCAACAGUGUUGAAUCAGGCGAAGAGUCUUCUAGUUAUUCAACAGGGCCGACUGAAAGUGGCAGCGGAAGCAGCGACGGCGCGGAGGGUGGGAACAGCGAGAAAUUGUCUCCAAGCAAACUUUCGGAACUCACGUCACCCAGUCCAGGUCCGUCGAACAAUUCCUACAGUCUGCUCCAAAAUGAUAACAUGAGAGACGACCGAAGAGCAUCAAUGGAAGGCGAGAGACUUAGCAAUAACAGCGGGGGGAUAAUCGAUGGAAACGGAAGUCGUCCUCUCUCACAAACAUCCAGCGAGAUGGACACCCUUGGACCACUGCAACCAGUGAAACAUCGCGAAAAGGCAAAACUGCAGAGGCCGCUCACGAGAUACCUUCCCAUCAAGUCGGAGUCCCUGGACCUUAGGCAUCACAUCGAGACUGCCGGGCACCAGUUGCCCCUGAUACACGAUGUCACGGUCGACACGACCAGUUGCAGCGGUUACCUAUCGAAGAUGAGCAAGAAGUUCCAUCACUGGAACAAACGAUGGUUCGUCUUUGACCGGAAAAGAAAGACAUUGUCGUAUUACAGCGAUAGCUCCUCGAGGAAGGCGCGGGGUGUGAUCUACUUUCAGUCGAUCGAGGAGGUUUACGUGGACCACAUGAACACCGUACGGUCGCCGCAUCCGUCGUUAACGUUUAUCAUUAAAACAUCGUCCAGGCUGUAUCACUUAAUGGCGCCGAGUCCAGAGGCUAUGCGGGUCUGGGUGGACGUGGUGUUCACCGGCGCCGAGGGAUAUCACGAGUUCGAUCACGGUAUCUGAUAAGCCGAGAGAUGACCGUUCUCACGUUUCUGGUCGAGAUCCGUUUUACAGGGUGCCGCGGCUGUGCGACGCGCGUU